CUUUCAUCCUCCUCCCAAAUUCACUGCUCUCUCUCAAUCAAAUCACCCACAUUUUCAUUUCAUUCUCUUUCUUUCUCAAUGGCAGAGGUAGCGGCCAAGAGAGGAAAGAACAGGAAGGCCCUGAAGACAAUUUCAUCGAACGAAGCCAACAUCUCUGCUGGCAAGAUCUCUUCCUCCUUCAAGGAGAAUGGUGAAGGCCUCGCUCUCGUCCUCUCACCACAGAAGAGCAGCAAGAAUGCCAAAUCGGUGACGGAGAGAUCCUUGGCCGAGGAGUUGAAGAACGUGCAAAGGAGGCUCGAACAGCUAAAAAUCGAGAAGGAGAAGACCGAGGAGCUCCUGAAACAAAGAGAUGAGAUGAUCAAGUCGAAAGAGGAAGAGCUUGAAAGCAGAGCAAAGGAGCAAGAGAAGCUUCAGAAGGAACUCAAGAAGCUGCAGAAGAUGAAGGAGUUCAAGCCCACAAUGAACUUGCGCUUUGUCAAGUCUUUGAGGGAGAAGGAGCAAGAAAAGAAUGAGAAAGAGAAGAACAAGAAGAAGAACAAGGACUGCCCAGGGAAAAAGAAGCCCUCUUCUGCUUACGUCCAAUGGUCCAAAGAUCAAUGGAAUAAGGUGAAGACAGAAAACCCAGAUGCUGAGUUCAAAGAAAUUUCCAACAUUUUGGGAACAAAAUGGAAGAAUCUGAGUGCCGAAGAAAAGAAGCCCUAUGAAGAGAAGUACCAACAAGAAAGGGAAGCAUACUCGCUAAUUAUUGGAAAGGAGAAGCGAGAGAGCGAAGCAAUGAAGCUUUUGGAGGGAGAGCAGAUGCAGAAGAUAGCAAUGGAAUUAUUAGAACAAUACUUACAGUUCAAACAGGAUGCGGUGAAUGAAGAAGAAAAGAAAACGAAGAAAGAAAAGGAUCCUUUGAAGCCCAAGAAGCCGAUGUCAGCGUUCUUCUUGUUCAUAAACGAUCGCCGUGCAGCACUUCUUGCAGAGAAAAAGAAUGUUCUUGAGAUCUCUAAGAUUGCUAGUGAAGAAUGGAAAAACAUGACAGAGAAAGACAAAGCUCCUUAUGAAGAGAUUGCGAAGAAGCAGAAGGAAGGGUAUAACAUCCAAAUGGAGGGUUACAAGCAAGAGAAGCUCGAAGAAGCUGCAAUCCUUGAAAAAGAAGAGGAAGAACAGAAGAAAAUAAUGAAACAAGAAGCUCUCCAGCUGCUCAAAAAGAAGGAGAAAACAGAGAAUAUAAUAAAGAAAACAAAGGAGACUAAGAAAAAACAGAAAGAAGAGAAGAGUUCUGAUCCUAACAAGCCCAAGAAGCCAGCCUCUUCUUUCUUUCUCUUCAGCAAAGAAACAAGGAGAGAGUUGGUGCAGGCACAUCCAGAUGUUGGCAACUCUACCCUCAAUGCCAUGAUUUCUGUGAAAUGGAAGGAAUUGAGCGAGGAAGAGAAGAAGAUAUGGAAUGAUAAAGCAGCCGAAGGAAUGGCGGUGUACAAAAGAGAGAUCGAAGAGUACAACCAAUCGAUUGCUACUAAUGUCGCUUCUAACUAAUGAGCCAUCCUCCUUAGAGAUCGGUUCAAUUGUGUUGAACGAGCCCAGCUUCCUUGCAGAAUUUGUAGUUUUGAACCUCUUCUUCAAUUUGAUAAAUGAGCUGGUGCAGAAUUGGUGCAGAAUUUCUCGAUGUUUGGAAAUGUUUUCACAAUAUCAACUCAGAUUUGCUCAUGUUCUAUCUCUAAGAGGUGAAAUCAUCAUGGUGGUAGGCAAUCACAAGUUCAUAUUUACUUAUGGAUAUGAAGGAACCUGUUAAUGAGCUUCUUACAGUUACAGGGAUAAAAUCACAGCUUCAUAUUUUACUUAUUGAUGAAGGAAGGAAAUAAUGAGAUCUUGCAUUUUCA